AUGGAUGAAAUUAUCCCGGGUGUAUGGCUUGGACCUGUGCCAUUUUCAGAAAACAUUCCUGUCUUAAAAAAGAAUGGAAUAUUGUCGAUUUUGACUCUAGACAUUUUACCUUUGGAUUCUGAUGUCUUUCAACAAUUUAAUACAAAAUUCUUAUAUCUUCGUGAUGAACCAUCUCAGGAUUUAUUAGAAAUUCUUGAAGAUGCUUUAAAAUUUAUUGAAGAAAGUUUAAAAAAGUCAAAUAUUCUCGUGCAUUGUGCCAUGGGAGUAUCGCGUAGUGCCAGUGUUGUCAUUGCCUAUCUUAUGCGGCAAAAUUAUUUAUCCUAUGAAGACGCCUAUGCUAUUGUGUCACGGAAACGAAGCGUUUUUCCUAAUAAUGGAUUUAUUAAUCAACUAAAGCUGUUUCACGCUAUGAAAUGGACUGUAGAUCACAAUUCACCUUUAUUCUACCAGUACACGAUGAAAAGAAAAUUUUCCAGUUUCUCAGAUCUUAAUGGUGUUAGUGUAUGCAAUCCAACAGUACAGUACCAACCGUUUACAUCUUCAACUUUUAAAUGUAGAAAAUGCAGGCGAGUGUUGUUCAACUCAAAUCAGCUACGCGCUCAUCAAAAACCUGAGAAAUCGCCUAAUCUACUUUUAGAUAACAAAGAAGAUACAAAGGUGUCCAGUGUUUUAAUUAAAGGUGUUUCAUUGAAUGAUUCACCUGUGCAGUGUGAUAAAGAUGAAUUAUUCUGUGAUCCGCUAGAAUGGACUCAACAGUUUACUAGUGAUGUAGAAGGGAAGCUUUAUUGUCCUGGAUGUAAUGCGAAAGUCGGUUCUUUCAAUUGGUGUGGUGAACCUUGUGUUUGCGGUACAUGGGUAGUUCCGGCAUUUCAUUUCAAUCGCAAUCACAUUGAUCGUGUACCGAUACGUCCGAGUAAUGCAACGGUUGUCCAACCGAAACAUCUGGUCGAGAAAACCAUGUCUGCUUCUGAUAAGGUGUAG